UUUCGUGUAACUAUAAUAUAUAUUAUGAAAAGCUUAAAAAAAAAAACACAAACACUUUGAAGGAACCAAAGACGGCUUGAAUAUGAGUCGAAAUGUUGAUCAGGGCGUGGGCACAGUUCGUCCAUUGCGCGGUCAACACAAUGUUAAUGAAGGUCCACGAAUUUCUGCGGCUAGGGAGUCAAUGUACUCAACCGCGCUAAAAAAUCCGAUCAUGGAAAUGAUAAGCAAGCUGAAAAACUUUCAGGCAGCCAAAAUGCAGCGCGUGCAGCUGUUCGAACAAGACCUCAUGAGCAUGUGCAUUGCGGCACGACAGCUGUUUAUGGAUGGGCCGAUGCUGCUGCACUUGGAGGCACCGCUGCGCGUCGUUGGUGAUAUUCAUGGUCAGUUUGGCGAUCUGCUGAGAAUACUGGAGCACUGCAGUUAUCCACCGGCCGCCACAUAUCUAUUUCUGGGCGAUUACGUAGACCGGGGCAAAAAUUCGGUGGAAACCAUAACGCUUUUGCUAUCAUUGAAGCUUACUUAUCCAAAUCAUAUAUUUCUGCUGCGCGGCAACCACGAGGCGCAGGGCAUAAAUCGCUUUUACGGAUUCUUCGACGAGUGCAAGCGGCGCUACACGGUCAAGCUGUGGAAAAUGUUCGUCGAUUGCUACAAUUGCAUGCCAGUGGCAGCGAUCAUAUCGGACCGGAUCUUCUGCUGUCAUGGCGGCUUGAGCCAAAAGCUGAUGGAGCUGAAAGAUAUUGAUUUGCUGACUAGACCGUGCGAUGUGCCUGACAAGGGUCUGCUGUGCGAUUUGUUGUGGAGUGAUCCGGACAUGACGGGCUUCGGCUAUACGCCCAGUGAUCGGGGCGUUAGCUUCCUCUAUGGACGCGAUGUGAUUGAGAAGUUCUUGCAAAAAUUUGACUUCGAUCUCAUCUGCCGUGCCCAUCAGGUUGUCGAAGAUGGCUAUGAGUUUUUCGCAAAGCGUCAACUGGUCACCAUAUUCUCCGCGCCAAAUUACUGUGGCGUGUUCGAUAACGCCGGAGCUUCUAUGGGCGUCGAUGAGAAUUUGAUGAUCACAUUUCAUGUUCUGCGGCCAUCCAAGAUAUUUGGGCAGAAGGCUACCAUUGAUCCCCUUUCUGCAAACAAUACUGAGAAAAACGUAAAGCAUGAGAGCUGAGCCCGGGCGCCAUCU